GCAUGGGACCGUUGAUGACCCCUCCGGACUCCUCAGUGAGAUACCACCACUAGAGCUGAAGGCUGAAGCCUCUGCUGGUUCUGUGCUAAGAAAUUAGAAUCCAUGGAUUCUGCUGAUCACAAAACUAGUACGGUGAAGUACGGAAUCAUAGGCGUUGGAAUGAUGGGCAGAGAGCAUCUCAUCAAUUUGUACCAUCUUCGCACCGAGGGCGUCGUCGUCGUCGCCAUAGCCGACCCUCACGUUCCUUCCCAACAGCACGCCCUCGAUUUAGCACAGUCCUUUAACUGGCCUCUCAAAGUUUUCGGAGGGCACCAGGAGCUGUUGGACAGCAGACUUUGUGACGUUUUGGUAAUAGCGACUCCAAAUAUGACCCAUCACAGGAUCUUAAUGGACAUCAUCAAUCACCCCAAAGCAUAUCACGUUCUGGUAGAAAAGCCUUUGUGCACCAUGGUCUCGCACUGCAAAGAG